AUGCAUUUCUUCUCCCCUCAGUCCAUUCUGGGAGGUGGUUGUCAGCAACAUCAGACACUCACACUCGUUGCCCUGGCCGUGGUUUGCGCCGCGGUUGCUAGCGCCGCCGACGCAGACAUGACAGCAGCGGAAUCCAAGUACACACUCACACUCGUUGCCCUGGCUGCGGUUUGCGCCGCGGUUGCUAGCGCCGCCGACGCAGACAUGACAGCAGCGGAAUCCAAGUACGUCCGCCGCCACGGCGGCUACAAGGGCGGCUACAAAAAGCACAUCGACGACGACAUGUUCAGCGCCGAAUCCAAACACUACGGCCGCCGCUACAAGGGCAAGAAACACAUCAACGGCGGAGAAGAAGAAGAAGUGGCGGUCGAGGAAAUGGCUGGCGAAGAGUCCAAGCACCACGGAGGGCGCCGGUAUGGCGGAUCUUCCAAGAAGAGCUACGGCAAGAAGCACAUCGACGGAAGCGAAGAACAAGUCGAUGAUAUGGCUGGCGAAGAGUCCAAGCACCACGGACGCCGUUAUGGCGGUUAUUCCAAGAAGAGCUAUGGCAAGAAGCACAUCGACGGCGAGGAAGACGAAUCGGCGGUCGAGGAAAUGGCUGGUGAGGAGUCCAAGCACCACGGAGGGCGCAGUUAUGGCGGUUAUUCCAAGAAAAGCUACGGCAAGAAGCACAUUGACGGAGACGAAGAACAAGUCGAUGAUAUGGCCGGAGAGGAAUCCAAACACCAUGGAGGGCGCCGUUAUGGCGGAUCUUCCAAGAAGAGCUACGGCAAGAAGCACAUUGAUGGAGAGGAAGAUACAUUGACGGAGACGAAGAACAAGUCGAUGAUAUGGCCGGAGAGGAAUCCAAACACCACGGAGGGCGUCGUUAUGGCGGAUCUUCCAAGAAGAGCUACGGCAAGAAGCACAUUGAUGGAGAGGAAGAGCAAGUCGAUGACAUGGCUGGUGCUGAGUCCAAAUAUUCUCGCAAAUACAAGAGUCAUAAGGAAGAGCUACGGCAAGAAGCACAUUGAUGGAGAGGAAGAACAAGUCGAUGACAUGGCUGGUGCUGAGUCCAAAUAUUCUCGCAAAUACAAGAGUCAUAAGGCAGUUGUCGCGGACCGAAGUGACGCAGCUCCAGCAUUGGGUGGAAACUGGACCCCAAAAACGUGUUGGUUCUGGAGGCCAGUGAGCCUUGCAAAAAUCCCGUUUUUGCAAGACUCACUGAGCCUCACUCAAGGACAAGAAGUGGUCAUCACUUCUUCGAUUUUGCCUGAAUUGGCCAAUCCUGAGCCAGGAAGAAAUCAUCUGAUUUCUUCCUGA